AUGGAGGCCAUAGCCAUGCCGUGCCUCUCCUUGGAUGCCUGGGCUUGCAAACCGAGCGCUUACCUUAGCACGUCAUUUGUCUCGCAUGGUGCCAAUGUGUGCCACCCUGGGGACGGGAGGGUGCUGGCUGACAGGCUGAUGCUAGGUAGCACUAGCCCAGGACCUCCAGCUAUCUCCUUCUCACACGUGUGGGAGAAAAAUCUUUCAGACCCGCCCGCCGCGCCCGGUGCAUCCUCCGCCCGGCGCCCGCGCACCGGUGCCCGCCUGCCUCCUGUCGCCCGCCGCCCACUCGGCCCUGCGCCCCGCCGCCUGCAGUGCCUGGAUCACUCGGGUCGCCGCCGCGCGUGGAGUCACAGUCCCAGAGCUGCCGCAGCCGCUGCCGGCAGCCCCUCAGUUCCCGCGGCGCGCCCGGCCAUCUUCGUUUCACAGCACCGCCUUACGGGCGGGGCUACGCAGGCCCCGCCCUGUCGGUGGAUCCGGCUCUCCCUCCACCCCUUCGUCCUCGGAGGCUCCUCCCCCGCUUGCUGCAAACCCUUUGACCUCCCUUGGCUGCUCCGCCUCCAAUCUCCCUUGGGGGCUCCUUGGCUCUCGGCCCCUCUGGCCCCCACCCCCUCACCCCGGCCCGCUGCUUCUACUCCUCCUCCCCCGCCGGCUGCUCCGACCCUCCCAACGCUCGCCCCCUGCUCCUCAGUCUUCCCCUCCUGCUCCGCGCGCUCCUCCCUCUUCUCUCCUCCACCACCUCCUUGGGCCUCGCCGGGAAACCGCACGGGGGCCAGGAUGGGCGCCGCCGCGUCCGUCCGCCCCCGGGCCACCGCGGAGAGGAAGGAGGGCUGGGAGGUUGGAGGCCCCACCCGGGCUGCAGACGCGGCCUGCCGGGGGCUGACUCCUGGGACCCAAACAAUUCCCGGGGGAGAGGGCGGUCACCUCGCUGCACCCAUUCCCAGGCCUUGGAUGUCUGGGGUCCUCCUCUCUGCCCACUUGAUGGGGGAGGGGAGCUGCGCCUUAGGUCUCCCAAAUACCGAGGAUGGCCCCCGCGAAGAGAAUGGCCCAGUGCUGAGGAUCCCCGCCGUGACAUCUUCCCUUCUGAUUGCCGUGGUUUAUUACCAAGGAGGCUACCACCGCCUUGUGCCCCUCCCCCUGCCCACGCUGCAGUCACCCCACCACCCACCACGGCCAAGCUGAAGCCGCAUUCCCACCCCGCCCUCCCAGGCAUCGUGUCAUCUCAGAAUUUCACAAAUCUGGGCGCUAUCACUCGAAAUUAUCCUGAAUGGGGCUGGAGUGCAUUGGAGUGAUGCCAACCUCUGCAGAGAGAGAACACCCACACACAUCAAAGGACUCACAGAAGGAAAGGCAAGAUGAAAAAGUAUCAGAUAAAGAGUCAGGGGUGGGGGAAGCUACAGCCCAUGAGGAGCUAAGAGGCAAGUGUUGACGGGCCUUUCACUGACGAUAAGAUCUUCUUCUGGACUCCUUUGGACUGGCGGUGGACCCACAAGGUGCGGCGAUGCUGCAGAGAACAGGAAAGAGUCUGUGGGCCCCUACCCCUCAAGUCAAGGACUAAACCCAGAAUUAGGCACCUGGGACUGUGACUUCUCU